CAUACCUGGAAGUUUCAGGAAACCUGGGAUUGUACACAAAACAGAUUACAAUCGCUCUCGUUUUAAAGUUUAGGAAUUUGUAGGUCACACGGAGUGUUGUGUGUCUCUAUGAGAGCUUCGGUGUCGGUCAGUCUGACGUGACCAGUCCAUCCAAAUUGAGUUAUUCCGGGCAAACGGAUCCAGCUGGAAGAGGUUUUCUUUGACCAACGAAGCUCAGUAUUUCUGCCUACACCGCCUUUCUGCUCUAAGCUAUCCAGCAAUUAAACAGAACCAAGUCAUGGAGGAGACUGUGUGGGAGCAGUACACUGUGACCCUACAGCGGGACUCUAAAAUGGGGUUUGGAAUUGCUGUAUCUGGGGGACGGGACAACCCAAACGAAGAAAGCGGAGAAAUGUCAAUUGUCGUGUCUGAUGUGCUGCAGGGGGGUCCUGCAGACGGCUUGCUUUUUGUAAAUGACAUUGUGAUGCUGGUGAACACUGUGCCCAUGGAUGGAGUCCCACACUCCUUUGCAGUACAGACUCUCCGCAAGUGUGGCAAAGUAGCCAAAAUUACAAUAAAGAGGGCUAGAAAAAUCCCAGUCAGCGUGCUUAAACGCGGCCCGUCACAGGACGACCGUGUCUUUAGCGGCGACUACAAUGAAGACUACGACCAGGACCGACACAGCAUUUACAGCGUACGCAGCUACCCUGAUCGCGACGCCAGUCCAGAACGAGGCAGAGGAGGCUAUGCAGAUGAACACGACCGUGACUAUGAUCGCGGGCGAGGUAGGACCACAGAGCGAGGCAUGAGCCCAGACAGACCGUACAGACGAGAUGGUAGCAGAGGACGAAUACUGGACCGCGAGCGUAGCCCAGAUCGCCGUUAUCGAAGUGAGCAUGUGCUCGAUCGCGACCACAGUCCAGAGAGACGUGACCGAAGUGAUCGGACACUGGACCGCAACUACAGUCCCGAUCGGCGCUAUCGUAGCGAACACAAUCUGGACAGAGACCGGAGUCCAGACAGGCGAUACCGCAGCGAUCGGACGCUGGACAGAUCGCACAGUCCAGAUACACAGUACAAGCCGGAACCGACUUGUCGCUAUAGCAGAGAGAAUUUGGCCAGCGAACAAGACCGCCGGAAGUACGAUCCUCGCCAGGCUGAGGCAGUCAAGAGGAGUAACAGUCGAGACCGAUUGGACCGCUCACCCUCACCCCCCCCACCACAGCGGCGUGAACCUUUGGAUAAGCCCCUCAGUGUUACUCUUCUGAAGAAUCGCCCCAAUGAUGAAUAUGGCCUUCGUUUGGGCAGUCAGUUGUUCAUCAAAGAGACAACAAAUACGGGCCUGGCAUCAAAAGAGGGGAAACUAGAAGAAGGUGACAUUAUUCUGAAGAUAAAUGGUACAGUCACAGAGAAUCUUUCCCUCAGCGAUGCUGGGAAGUUGAUCGAGAAGUCUCGUGGUAAGCUGCAGCUUGUGGUCCAAAGGGAUCGCAGUCAUGUGCUCAUCAGAGUCCCACCCAUGGCAGACAGUGACUCUGAAAUAGAUGAUAUCUCAGAGAUCGAGUCGUAUCACUCGUAUUCUCCUGUGGAAGAGAGGCGGGGCCAUCAUUCAGACCUCUCCUCACACUCCUCGAAUGAGAGGUUACAAGAUAAAAGCAGAGAUGAACCUCCUAAUAGACUGGCUAAAAUGGGAGCCAUGCCGACUCCGUUCCGAGCAGCACCAGCGGAGCUGCCGCCUCCACCUGAAGAGGAGGACCCUCGUAGUGAGUCACCAGCACCGGUGCCUGCUCCAAAAGUAAGCGUUCCAGUUAAAACCAGACCUAAGCCAAAGGUCCCACUGCAGCCUAGUCCCGAAGACCUGGAAAUAUAUGGCCCCAACACAGUGAUGGUGCGCUUCCAAAAGGGUGACAGCGUUGGCCUUCGUCUGGCUGGCGGUAACGACGUGGGUAUUUUUAUAGCAAGCGUUCAGGAGGACAGUCCUGCCGAGAUUGAGGGACUCCUCGCUGGUGACCAGAUUGUGAAGGUCAAUACUACAGAUUUCCGAGGCUUGAUCCGAGAAGAUGCAGUCCUUUAUUUAUUGGAGAUUCCAAAAGGAGAAGAUGUGACCAUCUUGGCUCAAAGCAAACCUGAUGUUUAUAAAGACAUCCUGGCGUCCGGGCGAGGAGAUAACUUCUUCAUCAGAACCCAUUUUGAAUAUGAAAAGGAGCUUCCUCAGAGCUUGACCUUCUCCAGAGGUGAGAUAUUUAAAGUGGUGGACACCCUGUAUGACGGAAAGCUGGGCAACUACCUCGCCAUUCGCAUGGACAAAGACAACCAGCUGCGGGAGAAGGGCAUCAUACCAAGCAAAAGCAGAGCGGAACAGAUGGCAAAUGUUCAGAAUGCGCAGAAAGGGGCGGGCAAUGACAGAGGGGACUUUUGGAGACUCAGGGGUCAAAGGGCAGCUAAGAAAAAAGAUCUUCGCAAGAGCAGGGAGGAUCUCAGCGCUGCACCCGUCACUACACGCUUCCCAGCUUAUGAGAGAGUGGUUCUGCGAGAAGCUGGCUUUAGACGACCUGUCGUUAUAUUCGGCCCAAUCGCAGAUGCGGCCAAUGAUAAACUUGCCAAUGAACUUCCAAAUGAAUUUGUUGUAGCAAAAACUGAGCCUAAAGAUGCAGGCACAGAGAAAUCAUCUGGUGUGGUCCGACUCAACACUAUCCGUCAGAUUAUUGAACAGGAUCUACACGCUCUGCUCGAUGUCACACCCAAGGCUGUCGACACCCUGAAUUACACCCAGUGGUAUCCAAUUGUCAUCUUCAUGAACCCCGACAGCAAGCAGGGUGUGAAGGCCAUGAGAAACCGUCUGGUUCCAGGAUCCAGUCGCAGUUCACGCAAGCUUUAUGAGCAAGCGGUUAAACUACGGAAAACAUGCCAGCACCUUUUCACAGCUACGAUUGAACUGAACUCUGCUCACGACGCCUGGUUCGGAAGCCUGAAGGAAAGCAUACAAGAACAACAAGACAAAUCCGUCUGGAUCUGUGAGAGCAAACUUGACGGAACAGAGGAAGACCUGGAUCUUCAUGACGACAGCAUGUCGUACCUGUCGGCGAUGGGCGCGGACUACCUGAGCAUGGACAGUCGCCUGACCAGCGAUUAUGACGACACGGCCGAUGAGGGCGGAGCCUAUACAGAUAACGAACUGGACGAGACCACCGACGAUCCACAGCCGAUGUCAGCCAUCAGCCGCUCAUCCGAGCCUGUUAGCGAGGAGAGAACCAUACCUGUUCCUCAAGUCCGUAUCAAGAAAGCAGGAAGUCGAGAGGUGCUUCAAGACCCGAGUCCACCACCAUCAUUUGUGCCAGAACCACCUAAAGUCAGGACGACUUCACGCGCCGCAGACUCUAGGAGUUUUGAUUCUCGAUCCAGCAGUACAGUAAGCAGCGACGUGCCCGUGAGCACCAAACCUCUUCCGCCACCUGUAGCCCAGAAGCCCAGCUUCACGAUGAGGUCGGCCCCUGCCGAUGACACGUCUUUUAAUAACCCUACCAAUGACCCAGCCAAUCGCUCCUUCAUAGGAAAGGUGAAGGCCUUUGAGCAGAUGGAUCACCUGGCCCGAACGAAAAGGAUGCUUGAGCUACAGGAGGCUGAACAAGCACGGCUCGAGAUCUCGCAGAAACAUCCGGACAUGUAUGCGGUUCCUCACAAACCAAAACCCAAUCAAAAUAGACCCCAACCUAUUGGCUCCAGCUCAAACUCCGAGAGCCGCACUCAUAACCGCGCUGAAGAUGAUGAUGAGGAAGAAUAUCGACAGCAGAUGGCUGAUAAAACCCGCAGAGGCUACUACAACCCCCAGAAAUAUAAUGAUACCGAACUGUAACACAUUUCGUAAAACACAUGGAACCUCACCGUGUCACAUAACAUGACGAAUCACUGUGUUUUGCCGUAGUUUCUUUGCAUGUCAAUAUAAAGAACCACGGACAAAGCAGAUGCCAUAUUGAACACUAACAUGUUAUUUGCUAGAUGCAUAUAUGCAGUAUAAAUACGACAGUUACAGACCAUCAUUCCUACUGAUGCACAGUUAAAUCACUGGUGUUUUCUUUUAUACCUGUAAUCUUUUUAUACAAAAUUUCAGCGUAUGCGUUACCUCUUGUACUCAUCUCUGUUUGUAUGUCUAUUAUUGAUUUGGUUUGCCCACAAUGCCAUCAUGUAUCGGCCUCUGGUGAAAGCUACAAGAUGGAGUUCAAGUUACACUUUCUUAAACACUGUAGUUUGCCACAAACCAAAUGCAAAGAUAAGAUAAAUGUUGUCUUUUAAAACAUCUGAGUGCCUUAACGCCAUUGAUCAAACUGCUGUUAACUCAAAUCUUAAGAAAUGCUUUUAUGUUUUCUCCAUAUUACUGUGACAAUUGACAGUACAGACUUAAGAUAUAAAAUGUGUUAUAUCUGUUUUUUAUAUUCCUCAGAGUUUGAACUUGUUCAGAGUAUAUUAGCACCAUGUAUAAUGUUGUAACACUAUUGACAUGUUUCUGUGAUCAAUCCUUUGGGGUGGACCACUGAAACGCAGAUAUGUGGGAAAUUAAGCAAUUUUGAAAAUUUUAAGACAAAGUUAAUAAACCAAACUUUUAAUAUUGUUA